AUGACUGACUUAGAUGAAGUUGUUGAGGAGCAUCUUCAUCAAUCUGACGACUCUUCGAGCGACGGUGAUGCUGAAGAAACUGUUGACGUCUUUGGCACAUCAGAGGAUAAUCUACAGUCACUCACGGUGCAGUCGCUACCUUACGUCAAAUGCCGUGACAGCGCGAGUGCUGUGUUCGGCUUUGAUACGGCGGAACGCCGCCGCAUUUCGUUAAUGCCGAGUGUUACAUCCGACUCAGCCAACUCGCCACUUGAGCAUGCAGACAAAUUUCCGAUGUCGCUUUCAUACUCGGUGCCGUCUGUCACAGUAGUCACAAAUACGCCGCGUGGCCAACCUGCGGUGGACGUUAUCGCCACGUACAUGAACACGUGUGACCAGCGCUCUGUAAAGUCGGAGCUAAUGCGCGCUCACGCACACUUUGCGUCCCCAAGAGGUGGCGGAAAAAGUGGUCCGACGUCGCGCAUCCGCUCGUCUUCUAUGAUGAGCAAAGAUGGCAGCGCCGAGUGGGGUUGGUUUGCAGACAUCGACUCGAGCAGCGAGAGCUGGGGAGGUGACGGCUCCAUCCAUUCUUUACGUCGCCGACUUAGUGCUGACUUGGGCCUUAUCGAUAUGGGCAAUGUUCACGUCUUGGGUGAUGAACAAACCAAUACACGCAUUACUGCAGCACACAAGACAUUUGCAGUAGUCUCAGAGGGUAACAGCAAAGUUGUUCCUGCGACGGUAUCGAUCCCCAAGUUUCGCAUCGUUCAAUCCCGCUCCGGUGCCGAUCGCCAUGCACAGUAUUUGAUCACAUUAAUGCUCGGCAAAGAGCUAUAUGCAGACUGGCGCCGAUAUUCAGAAUUCGGAGAGCUGGUUAAGACGUUAGAUGAAAAACGCUAUACGCGGACACAAGAAGCCUGGGCAGGAAUUGAAACGCGUUGGUUUAAUCGGCUAGAGCCGUCAUAUUUGCACCAGAAAUGCAUAACACUCGAGAAUUUUAUGCGUGAGCUUAUGUACGAAUCGAAUGAGCCAACUGUGCUGAUCAACUUUCUUGGCGGCUACCUUGGUAAAGUAAACGCUCGGCCAAUGGACCCUAUAGCUUAUCGACCAGCUGCGCAACUACCGAAGGAACUUCGUCCACCACAGCCACAGCAUGAGCGAGAACUUUUUGAGAAAAUGUGGGCUGAAAAUUUUAAACGAUCGCACGUGGACUACUCAGAUAAUUUGGUGACAAGCCAAACUGCCAACUAG